AUGGCUUUUAUUCUCAUGCUCGAAAUAACAUCAUCGGCUCAUACGAGUCUCGUUGGAAAUACGGCACUUGUCGCUUAUACAAUCGGUGAAGCAAUAAUCACUCUUUCUGCCUAUCUUACUCUUGACUGGCAAAAGCUUAAAUGGGUCAAUGCUAUUUUUAUUGGUUUAGUUUUACCUUAUCUCUAUUUUAUGCCGGAAACGCCACUUUAUCUCUAUGCCAAACAACAAUAUACUGAACUCGAAGCACUUUUGCGUCGAAUUGCAACGCGAAAUAAACGAACUGAAGAACAAUGGUAUCCAUCGUAUCAGAAAUUCUUACGUAAUCAAUCGAUCACAGAAGUUAACAAUGAAACGAAAAUGUCAUUUUCCAAACAAGUUCGUCAGCUUUUUUUACAUAGACCCACCGUUAUUAAAGUAUUAAUUACUGAUCUUCUUGGUUUUACAACAUACUUGCUUUAUUACGAAAUAAGCUACGGCUUUGAACUCAUGAAUAUAUCACCAUAUCUUGGAGUUCUCAUUGGAGCUGUCGUUGAAGCUAUUGGUUACAUAACCGGUUCUUUUCUCGUUGUAACACGGCUCGGUCGUAAAGGUACAUUCAUCAUUAUGAUGAGUCUCACAGCAGUUUGCGUUCUCAUCAUACCAUUUGUUAGCAAACAUGGUGCAUUAGCUACUGUGUUCGUUGCUCAAUUUGGAAAAUAUUCCAUAUCAGGCGCAAUAUCAGUAUCUUGGAUAUUCAUACCCGAACUCUUUCAGACUUCUAUUCGAAGUACUGCAAAUGGACUUUUCAUUACUUUCAGUCACCUUGGAGCUAUUAUUGCGCCAGUUAUCAGUACUUCUGUGAGCGACAAAUACGUAUCAAUAGCAUUCUACGUGUCAUCAUUUCUAGGAGUGGUCGUUCUUUUGUUAACAAUGGUUUUACCCGAGACAAGAGGCAAAUCAAUGGAUGAUGAACAAGAUUAUUCGAAUAUAGAAACUCAUACGUGA